CUCCCCAGCCUGCCAGCAUCUGCUGCGUGCGUGAUCCAUAAGGAGUGAGAGGGGCAGCGGCGAGGAUGGAGCUCUCUGACGGCUUGUUGCUGCAGGUCGGCAACGGAGAGCAGUGGUGCAACCGCUGGAAACAUCCCAAUGAAGAUGUCGACCGCAGCACCAGUCCAUCAGUUCUGCGCUCUGUUGCCAGGACGUGGAAGGAGGGCCUGCUGAACAGAAAGAGGCCAUUUGUCGGCCGGUGCUGUCACUCCUGUACUCCUCAGAGCUGGGAACAGUUGUUCAACCCCAGCAUCCCAUCUCUGGGCCUACGUAACGUCAUCUACAUCAAUGAGACCCACACUAGGCAGCGGGGCUGGUUGGCACGUAGGCUCAGUUAUGUGCUGUUUGUUACGGAGAGAGACGUCAACAAGGACAUGUUUACCAGGAACGUGGUCGACAAUGUGCUCAACAGCAGCAGGGUGGAAGCUGCUAUUUUGAAGGUUGCAACUGAGGCAGAUGCUGUGGUAGGACAGCCUGGCCAUGACCAUAAGGCUGUCAGUAAAGUGAAGCAGAAAGCCAGAGCCUUCCUCCAAGAGAUGGUGGCCAAUGUUUCCCCAGCAUUUAUUAGGCUGACAGGGUGGGUUCUUCUGAGGUUGUUUAAUGGUUUCUUUUGGAGCAUCCAGAUCCACAAAGGACAGCUUGAAAUGGUCAAGAAAGCUGCCUCAGAGAAAAAAAUACCCAUGGUCUUUCUGCCGGUGCACAAAUCCCACAUUGAUUACCUACUCAUCACACUGAUUCUGUUCUGUCAUAACAUCAAAGCCCCCCACAUCGCAGCGGGAAACAAUCUCAGCAUCCCAAUCCUCAGCACUGUGAUCCGUAAACUUGGUGGAUUUUUCAUACGGCGGAGAAUGGAGGAGACGAGGGAUGGAAAGAAAGACAUUUUGUACAGGUCGCUCCUCCAUGCCUACACAGAGGAGUUAUUAAGGCAGCAGCAGUUUUUGGAGGUCUUUCUGGAGGGUACCCGGUCCCGCAGCGGUAAGCCCCUUUCAGCACGUGCAGGCAUGCUCUCCAUCGUGGUCGACACGCUGUACACAGGGGCAAUCGGAGACGUGCUGGUCGUGCCAGUUGGCAUCUCAUAUGACCGAAUUAUUGAAGGCAACUACAAUAGUGAGCAGCUGGGGAAACCCAAGAAGAAUGAGAGUUGGUGGGGGAUAGCCUGUGGGGUAUUUAGGAUGCUAAGGAAGAACUAUGGUUGUGUUCGAGUGGAUUUCAACCAGCCCUUCUCCCUAAAGGAGUACUUGGACACCCAGAGGAGCCGUCAUAUUCCCCCACCAGUGUCUCUCGAAAAUGCCUUGAUGCCAUACAUCAUUUCUGCACAGCCUGAUGGUCAGUUUGAAGAGCAGGAGGAGGAGGAGAUGGACAGAGAGGUCCCUGACGAGCUCUUUAGACGACAUGUCAUCAACAACCUGGCCAAGCAUGUCCUCUUCACGGCUAACAAAUCAUCAGCGAUCAUGUCGACCCACAUUGUGGCCUGCCUGCUUCUGUACCGACACAGGCAGGGGGUAGUUUUGUCCAAGCUUGUUGAGGAUUUCUUCAACAUGAAGGAAGAGAUCCUGUCCCGGGACUUUGACCUGGGUUUUUCAGGUAACUCUGAGGACGUGGUCAUGCGUGCCCUCCACCUUCUGGAAAAAUGUGUCAACGUGACCAGCAGCGCCAACCGCAACGGAGAGUUUACCAUCGCUCCCUGCCAAACCGUACCUGCGCUUUUCGAGCUCAACUUUUACAGCAACGGCCUUUUCCACGUCUUUAUUCCUGAUGCAAUCAUUGCCUGCAGCAUCCUGUCACUGCAGCGAGAGCUGAUGACAGAGUCUGCUCACCGACCCAAAGAUCGCAGCAGCCUUCUACUGAGCCAGGAGCGACUCAUCCACAAGGCUGCAGGUCUCUCCCAGUUCCUAACCAAUGAGGUGGCUGUGGCACCUCCCUGUCAGACUAUUUAUCAAGUUCUGAGCGAUGCAGUGACCCGACUGAUCCAGUAUGGAGUCCUCUAUGUGGCAGAUGAGGACCAGGAGGAGCUGAGCUCCAGUCCAACAGAAGAGCCAUGGCCUAAAAAGUUUUCUGAGCCCCUCUCCUGGAGGAGUGAUGAAGAGGAUGAAGACAGCGACUUUGGAGAGGAGCAGCGAGAUCGCUACUUAAAGGUGAGCCUGUCAGCUGAGCACCAGGAGUUCUUCAUUUUCCUGCAGCGACUGCUCAGUCCAGUGCUGGAGGCCUACAGCGGGGCUGCAGUUUUUGUUCACAGUUUGAGUCAACCUGUGCCUGAGUCUGACUACACUCUGAGGCUCUUCAGAUACCUGCUCACGCGGACAGAGAGAGAAGUGGCUGCUUAUGGUGAAAGUGCGACUCAUUAUCUGGUGAAGAACACAGUAAAGACAUUCAAAGAGCUCGGGGUCCUAAAGGAAAGAAGAGAGAACAGAGUAACAGUUGUGGAGCUCAGCAGCACCUUUCAACCUCAGGCCAACAGGAACAAACUCCUUCAGUACAUCUUAAGCUUCACCCUUCUGUGACUGGGGCACUUCUAAAACCCCAGCGUCCUCACGUAAUAAAGGGCUUCUACUGGAUACUUCAAAAAAGUCCCAGGUGCUAUCUGUGGAAAGCUUUACCAGGAAGUGCCUUCACGCUUCGGCCGCUAACUAUUCGCUGACAGCUGAAAGAGACUUGAAGCCAGUCUUCCUGUUUUUCUUUCCAGCCAGCCGAUAACAGGCAUGUACAAAUAUCUGCAGAGGUACCUCUAGGAAUCUUUAGCAACGUUAACCACGCAGUCAAAACAUUUUGAUGUGGUCAAAUAUUUGAAGUGUAAACAAAAGAAGAAAAAAAGCAAUCUGAACAAAGGAAGCUGCCUUUCAUUCAAGUAAACAAGUAAAAUAUGCAUAGGAAAUAACAAACAGGAGAAUCAUAUAUGGAUUCUUUCUGCUUGUAUGUAAAAGCUGCUAAAAUGACUUUAGUGCUCUUUAGGUACAGAAAAUAAUGUAGUUUCAUGCAAAGUGUUUUUGUUUUGUUCGUUUUUUUAAAUCUUGUACAUAGGUCAAAAGGACAGUAACUCAGCUGUAGUGCUUAUAAAUGCGCACAAUCUGAGGCUCAAUAGCAGUUGAAUUUUUCUUGGCUGAGAGAUGGCGUCCCAGCUACAUGUAAAUAUUCAGAUAUUUCAACACAAACAAAAAAAAUGUGUCAAGAGUUCUGUACAGUUCAAGUUCUGAAAGCAAUCUGCUGCAAGCUGUAGUGAAAUACAGAAAGGGCGUCUCAAUAUAUCACAGUAUGUUUGUCAAUUCUUUUACUUUCAGUAAUUUAGGGGUUUUAAUUAGAAUUCCAAUUUAGAUUCAUUUCCCACUGCCAUAUUUUCAGUGUUUAUUUCUGUCUGUUAGAAUUUUUAUGGCUUAGAUGAAUGAAAACCCUAAACAUUCUCAGAAGAAAAUUAAAUGUUUGCUAAGAUCCUUAAUGAAAUGUUACACGGUGAUGGCAACCUACUGUAGAGGAUGUCCCUGUACAGUAGACUGUACUUUUCAACCAGUACUUAACCAAUGCAAUGUUACCUGGAGACGAGGCCAGGUUAGUUUAAUCUUGACCUUUAGUUCAUCUCUGUUGUUUGAUCUACUGUCUCUAAUCUUUGGCUGGACAGUACUUCAUAGAUACUCUAUUGGUUUUAGCUCAGAUUGCCUUUGGCAUAGUAGGCAGGUACCAAAUCCUGCUGGAAAAUAAAUAAUAGUAAUUCUGAUGUUGAAAGGGCUUCCUAAAUCAUCACUGACUGGAAGCUGAACCACAAACGGCUCGUAAUCUUUCUUUUCACUCUUUCUCUCAUCUAAAAAGAUGAUAGUCAUUUUUCAAAAAGGUUAUAGAACAACUCAACUUAUGGAAUGUACUUAAAAAUCAUUGUUUUUAAUUACAGAUUUUCCAUCAAAUAGACCAGAAAUAAACACUUAAUAUAUAUGUUUUAUUUAUGUAUAUAAGUUCCUUACAUAAAACACCUUUUCAGUGAUUUUCUGAUUUACGGGGACGCAUCUCUUCAAAUUUAUUCAGCAGUGGACUGAAUGGAGGUGGUUUGUUAAGUGCAUUUAACAACUGUUCUCUUAAGUGCAUUCAGCUACACUUUUAUGGAGACUUGUAAUCACUAAUAGUUUUUUGCAAGAACUUUUCAAUGAAUGUAGGGUCACGCAGCUCUUGAAAUAAUCAACACCAGCCAUCACAUCCACCCACGUCACCUCAGAAACUUCUCGAAGAGGGGUAUUUUAAUUCAGUUUUUUUUUUAUCCACAUGUUCAAUGAAACCAUUGCUAAAAAAGGGGAAAUUUCCUCAUCUGGUGGGCAUUUGAGACUUAAAGCUUGUUGAAAAGAAUAUCUGUCUGCUUUUUUUUUUUUUAAGGAGAGAAUAAUGUUGAACAAGAGUGUGGAACAAAGAUAAUAACAAUUACAAUGUCCGUGUUACUAUUUUUGGUUGUUAAGUGAACAAAUAUUUAGAAAUUUGAACUUUCCACAAACCCAGAUCAAAUUGUCUGUUAAAUACAGAGCAUUUCCUUUCUAUUAAUAAGGUGAUGAAAAUACGACAAUUCAGUUUGAAGUUAUGCUGUGCUAAACUGCUGCAUGCAAAUGACAAAACAAGAUUUUUCUUAAGAUGAAAAGGUGUGUAUUUUUGCUUUUGUUCUUGAAUAAUUCAGAUAUUUUUUUCAUUUGAAAUUGAACAUCAGUGUGAAAUAUCCAUCAUGUGUGUUAGCAUGUUCAAAGGCGGAGCGGGAAGGAGUUUUCUAAAGGGGUGAAAAAGUGGAAAUCGUUUUGUGGUACUUGGUUUAAAGUGUAUAAAGACUGAAUCUUUGUGAAAGCAGGCUUCAUUUUGGCCGGUAAUUGUCUUUUUAAAUUUUGUUUUGUGUGUAUGUGAAGCUACACAUUAAUUUUUGUUGCUUAUUUUAAACAGUUCUACUGUAUAAACAGAGAACAACUAUGUUAAAAUCAAAUAGCUGUAUACUAUCUAAAAGAAAUGGACAGCAUGUUGAAGGACGGACCAGUAUGUAACGUCACUGAGAUGUGACGCAGCCAGUGAAUCUGUGAUCAUGUUUAAAACGCCGUUUCUGAGCCUGCAGGCUGUUCCAAACCCCCUGGACUGAGAUCAAACCCCUGUCCAGGAUGCACUGUACAAUUCCUUUGGUUACUCUUCAAAUUGAACCCUGCUUCACCUAUAAGUGAUAUGUUCCCUUAAAAUGAACAAGUUAAAGUGAGAAAGAACAUUUAUUUAUUAGAGUAAAGUUUGUGAAUGUGUGAAUCUGUAUCUGAGUAGGUGAAAAGCUCAGUUUGGUUUUUGUGUUGUGGGACUUGAUGCUACUGAAAUUAACACCUCACUGUAAUUCUUCAAUGUCAAACAUCCCUGUAUAUGAAGAGCAGAUGCCUUUUUAACUCUAGUCUUCUUUUUUUAUUUUGUGCAUGUGAACAUUUUUCACGUAGGAGUUAAACCAAACUGUAGAUUGUACCUUAAGCGGAGUAGGAGGUGAAAAUCGGAAGUUUCUUUGUGAUAAUCACCAGCUACUACAGUCUUUAUUUGAUGUUGCUUUGAGCAAAGCACAAAUGGCAUUAUUGGAUUAUGUUUUAAAUAAAUUAACAAUAGAACAAA